AAAAUGUGAGAAAUGAUACAGUGCAUGAGAUUCAAAAGCAUUGGAUGCUUAUUGCUCAGAUGGUCUGAGAGUGAAAAACCAUUGCAAGAUGAUUGGUGGCAGAACUAUUCACAAUGAAAACACUGGAAUCAGUGACCUUCAAUGACAUAGCUAUAGACUUUUCCACAGAAGAAUGGAACUUAAUGGAUACAACCCAGAGAAAGCUUUUCAGAGAUGUUAUGCUGGAGAGUAUCAAUCAUCUGGUGUCUGUGGGGUAUCAACUCUGCAAAUCAGAAGUGGUUUCCCAGUUGGAGCAUGGAGAGGAACUGUGGAGACAAGGGUUAGGAUUUCUCCAAGGAAAGAGUCCAGGCAUGGAAAAUGACCAUGAAAAUGAAGAAAUGAUAACCAUGCCCCAUAUCUGCAAUAAGGAUAUGUCCGUCAUCCAGUCAAAGCAGCAUAUUUCUUACACUGGAGGGGAUCUCUUUGAAAGGGAUGAUUUGGAAGAAGAUUUCAUCCACUCCACAUUGACUGACAUUGGAGUGAACCCCUAUCUGAAUGAGCAAUUUCAAAAACCUAUCAAUUACCAGUCAUUCUUUAGUAGACAUAAGCAAAUUCAGACUGGGCAUAAGUCAUAUGACUACCAUCUAUGUGGAAAAGACUUCAUAAGCAUUUCUGCCCUUAGACAAUAUGAGAGAAGUUGCACUGGGGAGAAACCAUAUGUCUGCCAUAUAUGUGGGAAAGACUUCACUCAUAAUUCUACCCUCAGACAACAUGAGAGGACACACACUGGAGAGAAACCAUAUGUCUGUCAUCUAUGUGAGAAAGCCUUCAGUGAUAAUUCUACCCUCAGAAGACAUGAGAGAACACAUACUGGAGAGAAACCAUAUAUUUGCUAUCUAUGUGGGAAAUCCUUCAGUCAAUGUUACAACCUCAAGCAACAUGAGAGGACUCACACUGGAGAGAAACCACAUGUCUGCCAUCUAUGUGGGAAAUCCUUCACUCAACGUGGUAACCUUAGGCAACAUGAGAGUGCACACACUGGGGAGAAACCAUAUGUAUGCCAUAUAUGUGGGAAAGGCUUCACUUAUAGGUCUACCCACAGACAACAUGUGAGAACUCACACUGGAGAGAAACCAUAUAUCUGCCAUCAAUGUGGGAAAUCCUUCAGUCAAUGUAGGAGCCUUAGGCAACAUGGGAGAACUCACACUGGGUAGAAAUAAUAUGUCUGCCUUUUAUGUAGGAAAGACUUCACAGAUAGAACUACCUUCACAAAAUAUGAGAUAACUAAUACUCAUGUGGAAGUAUGCCUGUCAUGUAUGUGGGAAACCUUUAGACUUUAUUCUGCUAUUAUAUAUCAGAUAACUCAUUAAAUAUGUUGUGCAUAUAGAACAGUCUUCAGCCACAGCUAUAACUUUAAAAAAUUAAAGAACUCAAACAGGAGGGUAAAUCUCUGUCAAUUUAAUCAAUGUGUAAAUGCUUUUAUUUACAAUCUAUUUUUAAAUAACAUGAUUUUACUAUCCUGGGAGGAACCCUAUGUCUGUUAUUACAUAUAAUAGAUUUCAGUUGAGAUGCAGUCUUGGUCAAUACAAGCAUAGCCCAGGGAAAGAAUAACUCCUAAACCAGAAAACUGGAUAGAAAAAGACUUUACUAGGAGGAGCAAAUUGUAGAAGAAAAAGAAAUAAUUAUUGAUGGGGUAGUUAUUCAAUGAAUAAAUGUGAGAAAUUUAUGAAGCAAUGUGUGGAAUAUACGUGAAGUAUCACAUUUUAUAAAACAUUUUCUGUAUGUAUAGAAUGAAGAGAAGUCCUUGGUGGCUUUGAAUUUAUUCAUCAAUGUUAAAUUUCUCAUACUGAGGAAAUGUCAACACUAAAAUCAAAGUGAAAAAUUGUUCAGCUGGAGUUCAUAUCAGGAAUAUCAGACUGGGAAAACUUCUAACAAUAAUUCUUUACAACACAAUUGAACCAUUAAUGCAGAGUUUUGCCUGAUAACCUACUAAUUAAAAAUAAAUAAAAAUGUAGGAUUGUGAAGUGAUCUGGGAUUGAUGAACACAGAAUUUUUUAAUGAUUUGUAGGUAAGGAUAUCAAAGUUUUUCUCAGUGUACUUGCAAAUACUUAUGAAGUGAAAACUGUGACUAAAAAUUCUAUUUUGCUCAUCUAUUUUUUCACACAACUCUGAUGACUAUGUUACAUCAGAGAACUCUAUAUGAUAACUAAAGAAUGUACAACCCAAGAUGAUGUGUCAUAAAUCUUAUAUACUGCUAACAGUUAUGCACACAGCAAUAUUGAAGAGAACAUAGAUAAGUAAAGAGACAACUUGGGAGUCAUUUCUGGAGAUAUAGACAUUUUCCAUUUACACUGUCAUUAUUGGUGUUGUAACUUAAAAUGGAAUGAAAAUUAACUAUUAAAGAAUAAUAAGUUUUUAAAUCCUGGAGUAUUGAUGGAAAAUCCCCACAACUUUGAUCAGGCAUUGGGUCAUUCCCUGCAUUGAAAAUGUGUUACCCUCACAGGCAUAAUGAGAUAACAGCAAUACAAAGUAAAAGAAGCUUAAGUACUGGUGCUUCCUCUUCAGGUUUCAUUACUGGGCUUUAAGGGCUUGCUCUGCAUUUUCAGGGCUUUCUCUCCACUGCACUCCUAAAGGACUUGAUUCCAAAGCAGAGCCUGAGUGUGGUUGAAAAAGUAAUGCCAGAGUUGUGUAUGUCACUAGAAGGAAAGCUAGAGGGUAAAAACUGGGACUGUAUAACUUAGCAAAGCCCAGAGUGGACAAUAUGGUGGUUAAUUGUAAGUAAAGGAAGUUCUUACAUGAACCAGAACAAACAUACAUCACUUUUACAAGGUGUUAAUAAUAGGGUGUUAUAGGGAAUAAAAAUAUGAUUAAUGUAAACUAAGAUCUAUAGUUAACAGUAACAUUGUAAUAUUCUUUCAUUAAUUGUAACAAAGGCACAAUAUCAAAGCUAAAUGUCUAUAAUAGGGGCUAUGAGGGGUAUGGGAAAUUUUUCUAUGGAAGAAAUGAGAAUGUUCUCAUAUUAACUGUAGUGUGAAUUAUUACUAUGUGAUUAUACCAAGAGGCCUCUGAUGGUACACUUAGGAUGGAUUUUUUUUUGGUGUGUGAAUAAAACUAUUUAAAAAAAUGUCUUACCACCAUAUGUCUCCAGGAGGGUGGCUCAGGUAGCAGUGGCAUUGGGGCACUUGCUAAGGGGGCUGAGGAGGUGGGAUCUGGGGCAUUUCUGGGCGCCAUUGCCCCAUGGCUGCUCCCAGCCACAGGGUCCAAGUACUCCAAGUCUCCAUGCUCCACAUCCCUACACAUGGCCAAGCCAGUCACCAG